UAACAUUUAGUUGCAUGUCUAUACUUAGUAAUCCGUGUAGACAAGUGACUGAUAGUAAAUUUUAUAAACACUUUUUGAAAUUAUGUUUGUGUAACCAGAGUAACUAGUACACACCUGAGUUUUUACUCGUAUACAGGUAUACUGUAUUGCACAGCAACCAUGAGUGCAGGUACCACUACAGACAGUGGCAUAAACGUAUGAAUAUUUGAGUCUCUGAUAUGGUGUCCAAUUCUGUUGGGACCUGCAAGCAGAUUGCCAUUCUUGUCCUUCACCAAGGUAGUUCCAGAAUCCACUGUUUGGAGGUCCCACUUGGAGAAACCUGGAGCAACCAUCGCAUUGAUCCGAAUUGUUGGUAGUGAAAGGAUUCAGUCAAUGCUUCUGGACAGAAAUACAAUUAAGAAAACUGUGUGGGCACAAGUGGCCGAGGAGCUUUCACGGGAAGGCUUUGAUCUGGGUCCAGAUGCAGGGAAAGCAUGUCACCAAAAGUGGCGCAAUCUCAAGAGAGCAUAUAUUGUUUACAUAACCAAAGCAGGGAACAAAACAAUGCCACCUUACAUGGAAGAACUGCAGAAAGCUUUGGAAACUACCAGGAAACUUAUUAAGCCAUGGAAAUGUGAUGAUGUUGGAGUGGACAGCAGGUCAGAUGAUCCUAUGUCAGACAAUGAUGCUGAAACAUCAGCUGGGUUUACAUCUCUGAAAUCAUCGUUGCAGUUCCCACACAAUCAGUCAGUAAACUUGGCUGAAGUUCUUGCUAUUGUACAAAGUUUGGAUGAGGAUCGAAGGGUGAGAGAAGAAGCUAGAGAGAAGAGAGAGGAGGAGAGGUUCAGUCGUAUUGAAGCAUUGUUGAAGGAACAGGCGGAACAGACAGAGAAACUGACCAAUGCUCUUCUUGAGAUUACACAUGCAGUAAUGGGAAACAAGAAGAGGAAAUUGACUGAUAGUAGUCAGGAGAGUUAAAGUGAUAAUUUUCUUGCAGCCCUUUCCCUAUUCCAUCUAUAAUGCAACCUGUGUAGCACUGGCAGACCAUUUUCUUUUUCUGGCUAUCUAAACUUAAAAUUAUUGCAGCUCUAUUUUACUACAUUAGAAGAAGCAGAAUAUUUUUAAUGUUGGUAUGUUGUUCUAUGUUAGACUGGGGGUAAGGCUGAAUGCAGUCUCAAUUUUUCUGAUAACAGUGUGUUAUAUAAACAUGACCAUUCUUUUGGACAUUGUCCAUUGUCUUUUUGUAUUCAAACAAAGUGUUUUGGAAAUUGGACCUGUUUCUGUCAUUAACUCUAAGUGGGGGGGAAUGUUGGGCCCAUCAGAAAGAGCUAGUUUAAAUCACCAGCCCAACUGACUAGGAACCUUUCCUUCCCUCUGAUGAUCGAAAAAAAUUCAGUUUCCAAAACAUUGUAUGUGAUAAAAACUCAAGGCAAUUUGCAUUGUCCCAAGUAGCAGUCAUAGCCAUAUUUAAAGUUAAUACAGUGUUAUAGAGAACUGCUCUAGUUACAGAUGUUGCUGUCUUGUAGAUUUAACCAUAGUUGUAUGUAUGAAUGUAUGUAUUUCUGAAUGUAAAUGCAUUAAGUCUCUUUGAGAUUUGAUGUUCUCAUGGCUGUGGCUAUGAAGAAUGCUGUCUUCUGGGAUGUGAUGCUGUUGGCUACAUCAUCAGGGUUGAAGGGUAAGCCAAGGAAGCAGAGCCACUAAAUUUCUGCCUGACCACAUGGCGUUACAUUGCAGAGGGUAGUAUUCCUGUUAAACUGGAGUUGAGAAGGCUGAAGACUGAGAUGCAGGGUGUUCUUCUUGUACUGUCUGAUAAAUUUAAAGCACAAGUGAAGUUAGUGUUCCCAGUUAGGGGACUGUAAGGAUUGUAAGGAGCAUUGGUUACACAAUUUUUAGCUAUUUCCAACAUUGGUGUUGAGGUAAAUAUCUGUUCCUGCAUGUUUAAUUGCAUUGUACAGCUUGGAAUGUGGUUAUAUGUGAACUUACCAGUGUUGUAUCACUUUGUAUAUGAAAUACAUGUAUGUUACAGCCAC